AUGGCCGCCUUCGGGCUCCUCAGCUAUGAGCACAGACCGCUCAAGCGGCCGCGCCUGGGGCCGCCCGACGUCUACCCGCAGGACCCGCGCCAGAAGGAGGAUGAGCUUACUGCAGUGAACGUAAAGCAGGGCUUCAGCAACCAGCCUGCCUUCUCUGGAGACGAGCACGGAUCUGCUAGGAACGUCAUCAUUAAUGCCUCCAAGAUUGGCGCUUAUUUCAGCAGCAUAUUAGCGGAAAAGCUAAAACUUAACACUUUCCAGGACACAGGAAAGAAGAAACCACAAGUAAAUGCCAAAGACAACUACUGGCUGGUGACUGCUCGGUCUCAGAGUGCCAUUCACAACUGGUUCACAGAUUUGGCAGGAAGUAAACCACUGACCCUUUUAGCAAAAAAGGUUCCCAUUCUCAGUAAAAAAGAAGAUAUUUUUGCUUACUUAGCAAAAUAUUCUGUGCCACUGCUGCGAGCAGCAUGGCUGGUGAAAAUGACAUGUGCCUACUAUGCUGCUAUUUCUGAAGCUAAAAUCAAGAAACGCCAAGCCACUGACCCAAAUAUUGAAUGGACUCAGAUCAUAACCAGGUACCUGCGAGAGCAGCUGGCAAAGGUGGCAGAGUUUUAUCAUGCGAGUUCCAGCUCAGGCAGCAGCUCCGUGGUGAUGCCUCAGGAGAUGGAGCAAGCCCUGAAGCAGUGGGAAUAUAAUGAAAAAUUGUCUUUUUAUAUGUUUCAGGAAGGAAUGCUCGAGAGACAUGAGUAUUUGACAUGGAUACUGGAUGUUCUGGAAAAAAUCAGACCCACUGAUGAUGAGCUUCUUAAGCUGUUGUUGCCACUAAUGUUGCAGUACUCGGAGGAGUUCGUUCAGUCCGCCUACCUGUCCCGCCGCCUGGCCUAUUUCUGCGCCCGGCGCCUCUCGUCCCUGCUGGGGGACCCCCCCGGCCCCGCGGCCGCUGCGCCCCCUCCCCAGCUGCUCCUGGGGGCCGGGCAGGCUGCCCUGGCCGCCCCCAGCCCCGCGGGGGGCUGCUCGGAUCGCCUCUGCUGCCCCCAGCACCGCCCGCUGCUGCACGGGCUGAGCUGCCUGCUGCAGACUGUAACUCUUUGUUGCCCAAGUGCCUUGGUGUGGAAUUAUUCCACAAAUGAAAAUAAGAACAUUCAUCCAGGCUCACCUCUGGAUUUACUUCAAGUUGCUCCAUCUAGUUUACCUAUGCCAGGUGGAAAUUCAGCAUUUAAUCAGCAGGUUCGGGCAAAGAUUCAGGAGGUAGAGCAGCAGAUAAAGCAACGAGGCCGUGCCGUGGAGGUGCGAUGGUCUUUUGACAAGUGCCAGGAGUCAGCUGCAGGGGUGACCAUCAGUCGGGUUCUGCACACCUUGGAAGUGUUGGAUCGGCAUUGCUUUGACAGAUCAGAUUCCACCAAUUCCAUGGACACACUUUAUCAUAAGAUUUUCUGGGCAAAUCAGAGUAAAGAUAACCAAGAGGUGGCCCCGAGCGACGAGGCGGUGGUGACGCUGCUGUGCGAGUGGGCGGUGAGCGGCAGCAGGGCCGGGACGCACCGCGCCGGGGCCGUGGCCAGGCUGCUGGAGAGGAGGCAGGCAGAAAUGGAAGCAGAAAGAUGUGGUGAAUCUGAAGUCCUAGAUGAAAAGGAAUCUCUGUCUUCAGCCUCCUUGACAGGUUCCAGUCUUCCCGUUUUUCAGAACGUCCUGCUAAGGUUUUUAGAUACACAAGCUCCCUCAUUGUCUGACCCAAAUAGUGACCGUGAGAAGACAGAGUUUGUGAAUUUGGUGCUGCUCUUUUCUGAAUUCACUCGGCACGACGUCUUCUCCCACGAUGCCUACAUGUGCACUUUGAUAUCCCGUGGGGACUUGUCAGUCACUGCCACCCCCAGACCACGCUCACCCAGUGGGGAGACUGUGGAGGAACACUAUUCCAAGGAUCGUGAUGGGAAACUGGAGGACCAGAGUGUAAUGGAACACAUGGGCAUUGACUCAGGAACCACUAGUAUUUUUGACGAGAUAGACAAGAGUGAUUUUAAGGCAGAUUUUGGUUCGGAAUUUCCAAUGUUUUCUCCGAUGCCUGGGGAGUCUUGUGAGAAUGUGAACUCUUCUUUAGACAGAAGAACCUCAGUUGCCAGUGAGAAGUCAGCCAAGAGGGAAAGGCUGAGAGAAGUGAUUUUUCCAUCCAACUACAACCUCCUUCGCCACUUGCAGUACGCGACACACUUCCCCAUCCCCCUGGAUGAAUCUUCAAGUCAUGAGUGCAAUCAGCGCAUGAUUCUCCUAUAUGGCGUUGGGAAGGAGCGUGAUGAAGCAAGGCACCAACUGAAGAAGAUCACCAAAGACAUCCUCAAAAUCCUGAAUAAGAAGAGCACGACCGAGAUGGGUGUUGGAGAUGAAGGGCAAAAAGGUAGGAAGACCAAACAAGAAGCAUUUCCAACCCUAGAGACCGUGUUCACAAAACUGCAGCAGCUGUCCUAUUUUGAUCAACACCAGGUGACAUCUCAGAUCUCCAGUAAUGUUCUGGAACAGAUAACUAGUUUUGCCUCAGGAACAUCCUAUCAUCUUCCCUUGGCUCACCACAUACAGCUCAUCUUUGAUCUCAUGGAGCCAGCACUGAACAUCAACGGACUUAUAGACUUUGCAAUACAGCUGCUGAACGAGCUGAGCGUGGUGGAGGCCGAGCUGCUGCUGAAGUCCUCCAGCCUGGCGGGCAGCUACACCCCGGGGCUGUGUGUCCGCAUCGUGGCCGUGCUGCGGCGGCACCACGCACGCCUGCUGCUCAGCGCCGAGCAGACCGCGCAAGUCUUCGAGGGGCUGUGCGGGGUGGUAAAGCACGUCGUUAACCCCUCGGAGUGUUCCUCCUCAGAAAGGUGUAUUUUGGCUUACCUCUACGAUCUCUACGUGUCCUGUAGUCACCUGAGAAGCAAGUUUGGAGACCUCUUCAGUAGUGCCUGUUCUAAGGUGAAGCAAACCAUAUACAGCAAUGUUCAGCCUUCAAAUUCCAACCUGCUGUGGGACCCGGAGUUCAUGCUAGAUUUUAUUGAGAAUCCUUCAGCUCACAGCAUCAACUACUCGAUGCUGGGCAAGGUCCUGAGCGACAGCGCAGCCAACCGCUACAGCUUCGUGUGCAACGCGCUGAUGAACGUCUGCAUGGGCCACCAGGAUGCAGGCAGGAUUAACGACCUGGCGGCCCUGUGUGCGGAGCUGACGGCGUGCUGCACCCCGCUCAGCUCCGAGUGGCUGGGGGUUGUAAAGGCUCUUUGCUGCUCUUCAAACCAUGUCUGGGGUUUCAAUGAUCUGCUCUGCAGUGUGGAUGUGAGCGACCUGUCGUUCCACGAUUCCCUGGCCACUUUCAUUGCUAUCCUGAUUGCCCGGCAGUGCUUUUCCCUGGAAGAUGUAGUUCAGCAUGUUGCUCUGCCUUCCCUUCUUGCAGCUGCCUGUGGAGAUCCGGAUGCUGAGCCUGGGGCCAGGAUGACCUGUCGGCUACUCCUGCACCUCUUCAGGACACCCCAGGUCUACCUCUUUCCCCAGGGAACAGGGAAAUUAUUUCCUGGAAUUCGUUCUUCCUGCGACCGUCACCUCUUGGCUGCUGCUCACAACAGUAUAGAAGUGGGAGCUGUAUUUGCAGUCUUAAAAGCAAUUUUGAUGCUUGGCGACGCCGAGAUUGGCAGCAGCUCCUUGAAGAGUGAAGAGUUCCAGAGGAGAGGCUUGUUAGAUGGGCGCAGUGAGGAUGAAAUCUGGGGUUCCUCUCACACUUGGAAGUCCUGUGGAAGAGCUGUUUCCAUGGAAACUGCUAGUUUAAGCGAGUAUGCGAGAUACGUGCUCAGAACAAUUUGCCAGCAGGAGUGGGUUGGAGAGCACUGUUUAAAAGAACCCGAGAGGCUGUGCACAGACAAAGAUCUUAUUUUGGAUCCCGUUCUUUCAAACAAGCAAGCACAGAAGCUCCUUCACCUGAUCUGUUACCCCCACGGUGUUAAGGAGUGCAGCGAGGGUGACAGCCCUCAGAGGCAGCACGUCAGGCGCAUCCUGCAGAACUUGGAUCAGUGGACUCUCCGUCAGUCUUGGUUGGAGCUGCAGCUGAUGAUCAAACAGUGCACGAGGGAGCCUGGUUCUGGGUCUGUGGCUGAAAUGAACAGCUUGUUGGAUAAUAUUGCAAAGGCGACAAUAGAGGUGUUUCAGCAAUCCGCUGAGCUAAACAAUAACUCUUCUAACUCUGGUAUAGGCCUCUUCAGUCCAAACUCUGUUGGAAAUGCUGACACAAGUAAUACAAGACAGAAUGGUAAAAAGACAUUCCUAAGCUCCUCUGAGCGGCGAGGAGUGUGGCUGGUGGCUCCCCUGAUUGCAAAACUGCCCACCUCUGUCCAAGGUAGGGUCUUGAAAGCUGCGGGAGAGGAGCUGGAGAAAGGGCAGCAUUUGGGGUCAUCUUCUAAGAAGGAAAGAGAUAGACAGAAACAAAAAAGCAUGUCUCUCUUGAGUCAGCAGCCUUUCCUCUCAUUGGUGCUUACUUGCCUUAAGGGACAGGAUGAGCAACGGGAAGGGCUUCUAGCAUCACUGCAGAAUCAGGUUAAUCAGAUCCUUAGCAACUGGAGGGAAGAACGGUACCAGGACGAUGUCAAAGCUCGGCAAAUGAUGCACGAAGCCCUACAACUUCGUCUUAACUUGGUGGGUGGCAUGUUUGACACCGUGCAGAGGAGCACCCAGGGGACCACGGACUGGGCACUGCUGCUCCUCCAGAUCAUCACUUCAGGAACAGUUGAUACGCAGACCAACAGCGAGUUGUUCACAACCGUGCUGGAUAUGCUGGGUGUCCUCAUCAACGGGACACUGGCCUCCGACCUGUCCAACGCUUCCCAAGGAGGGCCUGAGGAGAACAAAAGGGCUUACAUGAACUUAGUGAAAAAGCUGAAAAAGGAGCUGGGGGACAAGCGCUCCGAAAGCAUCGACAGGGUUCGCCAGCUGCUGCCCUUGCCCAAGCAGACAUGUGAGAUCAUCACCUGUGAGCCCAUGGGAUCCCUGAUUGACACCAAGGGCAACAAAAUUGCAGGAUUUGACUCCAUUGAUAAGAAACAGGGUCUUCAGGUUUCAUCAAAACAAAAGGUGUCCCCUUGGGAUUUAUUUGAAGGUCACAAAAAUCCUGCUCCUCUCUCCUGGGCAUGGUUUGGUACCAUUCGUGUCGACAGGAAAGUGAUCAAAUAUGAGGAGCAGCAGCAUCUCCUCCUGCACCACACACACACCAAACCCAAGCCCCGGAGUUACUACCUCGAGCCCUUGCCCCUUCCUCCAGAGGAGGAGGAGGAAGAGCCCACCACCCCUGUCUCUCAGGAACCAGAAAGAAAGCCAGGAGAGCUCUCAGAUCAGGGAAAACUUGCCACGGAUGAUGAGAAGAAGACAAAGAGCAGGAAGCGAAAGUCAAAAUCAAGCUCAAGGGCUGAUGAAUACCCACAGAACACCCUGUACAGAGUGCCUCCCACCUGCUCCCCGCUCCCCUCUCCGCUGAUGCACCCCCCCCCGCCUGCCCUGUGGGGCUACAACGUCCUGGGGCAGCCGCAGCCCCCCGGCUUCCUCCUGCAGAGCCAGCCCCAGCCCGCAGGUGGCUCCAGGCUGGAUCCGACAGGCCCCUUUGUGCCGGCGACCACCAAGCAGGCGCUGUCCCACCUGCUGCAGCGCCGCUCCGGCUCCGCGCUGCCGCCCCCGGCCCUGGCACCGCAGCACCCGCUGCUCCAGAUGAAACUCCUGCAACAAGAGCAGCAGCAGCAGCGGCUCCUCAGGCACCAAGCACAGACACGGGCUCUCCAACAGGGUCAGCCGAUGGACCAAGCUGCUAUUUUUGCUCCUCAAGUUCACCCGGUGUCUCAGCUCCUGCAGUACCCAGGGUUACAGCAAGCACAGGGCGAGCCCCACGGAUACACCAUGUACGGCGGCCCCCCCCGGGGGUACCCCAGCCCCUCGCUGAUGGAGCGGCUGCGGCAGCUGCCCCCCCAGCCCGGCGGAGCCCUCCCCUGCCUGCAGCCCCCCCCGGGCCCUGCGCGACUGAGCCAUCAGGCUCUGCAGCCCAGUCCACUGCUCGGGGGGGCACUGGACGGUGCCUCGGCCGCUCCUGCCCCGGUGCCGCUGCCCCCGGAGCCGCUGAGGCAGCAGGUGCAGCAGCAGAGGCUCUUCCAGUUGCAGCAGCAGCAGGCGGGGCAGCAGCAGACGCUUGGUCUCCAGCCCGUGCAACAGCAGCAGCCUUUGUUUCCCAGGCCAGGCCUGCAGCAGACGCAGCAGCAGCAGCAGACGGCCGCGCUGGUCAGGCAGCUCCAGAAGCAGCUCUCCAGCAACCAGCCCCAGCAGGGAGGGAACCAGCAUGGGCAUCCUCCCCACUGCUGAGCCCGGACGCAGGGAGACGGCGCGAUCCCUUUGCACUGAGGAGCAGAACGUUCACGACCCAAUGCACUAGUUACUGCUAGAAAGCAGACCUGAGUUUUCUUCUCUUAUUAUUUCAGUAAUUUAUUUAUUUAUUUAUUUAUUGUGCUGCAGUUGGUGUGAAUAUGUAACAAGGUGGAUUUUUUUUGGGGGGUUGGGAUUUUUUUUGUGCUUAACUGGAUUUAAAUGUGUGGAUUUCUGGGCGUUUGAAGAAUGUUAUUGCAGACUUCAUGCUUUUGGUGCUUUUUAGGUCCUGUUACUUUUAAAGAGGACAAAGAAUGCUGGAUUUAUUUAUCUGUGGGAAACACUCUUGUUUUUUGGUUCUUCUUGUUGAUUUUGUUUUUUUUUUUUUUUAAAUGAACUGCACUGGACCAAACUACUGAACUGAAAGGCACUUCCAGUUUUGGCAUAGAAGUUAAUUUGUUCAUUGAAACAUUCACCUCUUUCUUUGUUGGCAGAACAAGCAUCAAUUUAAAUUGUGUUUAUUUGACUGUAACUUUCAUAUGCACUUUAUGAAGUUCCUUGUUUAGAGUACCAAUUUUUUCUUGCUCUCAUUGUGGUAAGAAGGUGCUGAAGUGGGUUUAUUGCUUGUAUUAGAACUUCUUAAAGUUUAUAUUCAAAGCCACAGUGUAACUUAAAUAAACCUACUAGAAGUAGCAUUGCUUUGUAUUUGGUCUUUUUAAUACAGAGCACACCAGGGAUCAGUUCUAAAGGAGUGCAGGAUGUAGUCACAAGGAUUGAACAGUCAGACAGGUUUUGCUCCACUCUUGUAGGGAAAUCUCUGAAUAUUCCACAUUCCAGGGCUGAGUCUGGAUUGUCGGGAUAGCUUCAGUGGAGGGAGCCAUGUGGAUUAUCAGCUGAGUGCAAAACCACAGGUAAAUCCUACAUCAGAAUUACUAUAAACAAAUCUUUAUUAUUCAAACCUGUUCAAAUAUGUCCAAAUUUUGCUCGUAUCAGAGUUGAAAAAACAGAAUAAUUUUAUUACUAUUUGAUGUAGGAGUUAGUUUAGGUGUUUGGGCUUUUUUAAUGCAUUCAUUUUGAAAGAGGAACAUGCAGAGUACUUGAAAUAGACUUAGGAAUUGUUUUUCCCAGUUUUGUAUUAACUCAGUUUGUUUAACAUACCUUACAGAGAAUUUAGAGCUGGUGUCACUGCCAGGUAUCCUGUGGGGAGGGCAAGGCUGCCCUGCCCAAGCUGCAGGGGA